AAAGUGCUGUGUGUCGCUAGCAAGUGUAAUUUUUGCUCGUUGAAAAUCCAAAGAAAAAGCAAUUUUUUCGCUUCAUCUUCUUGAAAAUUUAUGGAAAACAAAGUCCGAAGGUGAUCGCAGUGGAGUACGUUUAAUUGGCAUAGAUUCUGAAGCGAUUAAGUGCGGGUUUUUCAUUGCACAAAAAAAUAAUCAUCUCAAGCAGUCAAAGGGCAAACGUCACAACUUCACACGUCAGCCGGAAUCUUGCAAGCUUUCGUGCGACUUGUACUCGUGAGUGUUGAUCCCAUCGUUGUUGGUGUUUAUGCCCUCGUCUGGAACUACGGUCUGAGGAUAUAGAUUCAAAAUGGUACUGAUAGCAGCCGCCGUCUGCACAAAAGCAGGAAAAACAAUUGUCUCUCGGCAAUUUGUUGAGAUGACCAAGGCUCGCAUCGAAGGUCUGCUGGCUGCUUUUCCGAAACUAAUGACUUCAGGAAAGCAGCACACUUUUGUGGAGACGGAUUCCGUGCGGUAUGUCUAUCAACCGCUGGAAAAGCUGUAUAUGCUAUUGAUCACCACCAAGGCCAGUAACAUCCUGGAGGAUUUGGAAACGCUGCGACUCUUCUCCAAAGUGAUUCCGGAAUAUUGCCGCUCGUUGGAAGAGAAGGAAAUCAUCGAGAAUGCAUUCGAUCUGAUCUUUGCUUUCGACGAGAUCGUUGCCCUCGGGUAUAGGGAAAGUGUGAAUCUGGCUCAGAUUAAAACAUUCGUUGAGAUGGAUUCGCACGAGGAGAAGGUUUACCAGGCGGUUCGACAAACUCAGGAACGAGAAGCCAAGCAGAAGAGUCGCGAAAGGGCGAAGGAACUGCAACGGCAACGGAUGGAACAGAAGAAAAUGGGUGGCAGUGGCCGACCCUACGGUGGGGGUAGUUCCGAAGGCUUUGGAAGCAGCUCGAGCGCAGGCAUGUCUAAUCAUUCAGCAAUUACAACUCCGUCGAUAGCUAUUGGCGAAAUUAAACCGGCUGCACCUGCUGCCAAACCGGCUGUUGCCAGAAACGCUCUCAAGCUGGGAGGAAAGAAUCGAGAUGCGGAUACUUUCGUGGAUCAGCUGAAGAGUGAAGGAGAGAAGGUCGUUGCUAACCCAACGCCUUCAGCUACUUCGGCGGUGGUUAAAGCUAAACCGGUUUCAGAUGUUCCAAUGGAUGAGGUGCAUCUUCGUAUGGAAGACAAAAUUGUGGUCCGCAUCGGUCGUGACGGAGGUUUGCAAGCAUUUGAACUGUCUGGAUUGUUGACCUUGCGCAUUUCAGACGAAAAAUACGGUCGAAUUAAGGUGCAAUUGCAAAAUGCAGACCAACGAGGCAUUCAACUGCAAACGCAUCCCAAUGUCGAUAAGGAACUAUUCAAGAGUAAGGGUCAAAUCGGUUUGAAGAAUCCAGCAAAACCGUUCCCAAUGAAUACAGAUGUUGGCGUUUUAAAAUGGCGAUAUCAGACGCAAGAUGAAUCUGCCAUUCCUCUGACCAUUAAUUGCUGGCCUUCGGAGAAUGCUGAAGGUGGUUGCGAUGUUAACAUUGAAUACGAACUGGAACAUACCCGACUUGAGCUUCAGGAUGUCUGCAUUACCAUUCCAUUGCCCAUGGGAAUUACUCCAUCCAUAGCGGAAUGUGACGGCGACUAUCAUCACGACUCCCGCAAGAAUACUCUGCAGUGGAAUCUACCCGUCAUUGAUGCAUCCAGCAAGCAAGGUUCGAUGGAAUUCACCGUACCCAACUCGAUCCCGGGUGACUUCUUCCCACUGGACGUAUCGUUCUCGUCGAAAAUUCCCUACGCCGAGUUGCAGAUAGUGAAAGUGCAACUGGUCGAUGACGAAUCGGAUAUUAAGUAUUCAACCGAAACCCUAUUCUACCCCGAUAAGUACGAGAUUGUGUAAUUUGUUUCUGUUCCAACUCGUUGGUCUUCUCUUGCGUUCCGGAAACUAUGUGUUUAUUAGCCUUAUAACAGUAGGUACUUCCUUUGGGUAACAACAACUGUUUACGUAUAUGUACACAAAAAUAUAUUUUAGUCUGAUGCUAUUGUGUCCUAUUGCCCA